AUGGCGGCGAUCAACCGGUCGCAGGCGAACCAGCGGCGGCACCCCGAUACCUUCCACCAGCAACAGAUAAACUCCUCACCGUCGUCGUCAGGCUCCUCCUCGUCGUCGUUCUUGGGGGUGAAGGUCGAUCUCCAGCAGCUGAUCCUCGCGAUCCUCGACGACCCCGUCGUCAGCAGGGUUCUGCAUGAUGCAUUUUUCAAAUAUCAGACUAAACCAAAGCUUACAACACAUGGUGAUUUGUAUCAAGAAGGAAAAGAGUUUGAGGUCAAACUGAGGGAAAUGAAACCAGGAAUGCUGUCACAUGAACUUAAAGAAGCUCUUGGCAUGCCAGAUGGUGCUCCUCCUCCUUGGCUUAUUAAUACGCAGAGAUACGGUCCUCCGCCAUCUUACCCACAUCUGAAAAUACCAGGACUUAAUGCUCCUAUUCCUCCUGGAGCCAGCUUUGGUUAUCAUCCUGGAGGUUGGGGAAAACCUCCUGUUGAUGAAUAUGGCCGGCCAUUGUAUGGUGAUGUUUUUGGGGUUCAACAACAAGACCAACCUAACUAUGAGGAAGAACCAGUUGACCGAAGCAAACACUGGGGAGAUUUGGAGGAAGAAGAGGAGGAGGAGGAGGAAGAAGAGGAAGAACAAAUGGAAGAAGAGGAAAUGGAGGAAGGCAUUCAAUCAGUUGAUAGCCUUUCAAGCACCCCCACUGGUGUUGAAACUCCCGAUGUUAUUGACCUACGAAAGCAACAGAGAAAGGAGCCAGAGAGACCUCUUUAUCAGGUUCUGGAAGAGAAGGAAGAGAGAGUUGCUCCUGGGACUCUGCUUGGAACAACUCACACUUAUCUGCUCACUGAUAAAGACAAAGACAAAGCAGCUGCUGCUAAAAGGGUUGAUCUUCUUCGGGGUCCAAAAUCAGACAAGGUGGAAGUCACCAUCCAACCAGAGGAGUUGGAGGCUAUGGAUGAUGUUUUGGCUGCCAAGUACGAAGAAGCACGUGAGGAGGAGAAGCUGAGGAACCAGAAGGAAGACUUCAGCGACAUGGUUGCAGAGGCCGAGAAGAAGCGAAAACGUAAGAUGCAGGAUAAGGAAGGCAAAUCGAAGAAGAAAGAUUUCAAGUUUUAGUUUAUAUAUCGAGCCGAGAUGGCGGCAUGGAAGUUUCCAACUGUUGAUGUACCUUGUACUCUUGAGUACGUAACUUGUAAAUCACUUAGCGCUCUCAGUAAACCUAGUUUUGCGUAUGAAGAUUGAGAAGUUGCUACGAUUGUGGUGCUCGAGGAAACUGACAUGUUACCUUAUUUUAUGGCUUUACUUCCGUAGGCAGAUCAUGCCAUUUUAUGUUUUAGAUGUCAAAUUGAUGUUGUUCAUCAAUCAUAGAAUGUGAAUCAAGCAAUUCUACUUGUAUGGUAGUAAUUGCCCUAAGAGCAUGUAUGGCUACUAUUUAUAUCUUUGAACCCUUACAAGUUAAGUUACUUAUUCUCAAAACUCAA